GCGGACGCUUCAGCAUCUGUAAAGGUAAAGGCCAUGGAAGCCUUGAAGGCAGUCGCAUGUAUUUUCGCACAUCCAAGUGAAGAAGAUUGUUUGAAGAGCACAUCUUCACACCAGCCACCCUUGUUGGCCCUCAUCCCAACAUGUGUUGCUUGUCUAUCGUGUCUCCUAAAUGGCACAGACAAUGAGGUCACUCCACUGGUAACGAGGUCUGCACAAGACACGCUGGCUGUCUGCCUCAGACAUCAUACGCAAGGUUUUAGUGAAGAAAAGUUCGACGUUGUUGGCGACCUCAUACGUCAGGGAAUGACGAAUCAAGAUAGGUUAACAAGGCUUGCGGCGGGACGUGCCGUUGUGGAACUUAUUCGCUUGUGCAAAAGAAUCGGCUUGGGACGUGGCGUGAGCAAGCGUUUGAAUGCCGCAUUCGAGAUAAUCUCGACUCUCUUUUCUCACAAGAGAGACAGCGUGAAGGAAACCGCCCUUGUUUCCCUUGGCAUAAUAGGGAAAACAGCAGAUAUGGAGGUACUUGGAAAAGUACUCUUUGUCCUGGUUACGCAGUUAGAUCAGAACAGUAUUUUGUUGAGGGGUUCAGCAUACUUGCAGCUUCUGGGAUUGUCGAAAUUUCAUAAGAAAACACCUUACCUACUUAUUUCCCCGUUCAUGGAGCAGAUAUCCACCUACGUUGUAUCAAUUAUGCCACAACGACCCAACGCAUUGCACGAGACGUGUCAAUUCCUGUCACAAUCCCCAAAUGACUUUCUGUCUAUGACUUUGCAAUACACUCUACCUCCUUUAUUUGCCGCAAGCAAUUCAGCAGCACUAGAAAGCAUCCAAGGGGAGCUGGGGAAAUCGGUGUCCACUUUAUUCUUGAACACCUCUCCGGAUAUCCUUGCGCGUGGGUUUCUUCUGAAAACAUCCAGCGAAACUGACAAGGCGCUGUCUUUCAUACUACGUACUCUCAGCAGCGCGGCAAACAACGCGAAAAUUGGUUUGGCGAAUGUGGUCAAAAGUUGCAUUGUUCCUCUCCUCGGAAAGCUCGUCAUAGCGAUGGGCGACGAAAACCUCGAAGAAGCAGAAAAUGCUACACAAGCCAUUCGAAAAGUAGAGCGCACACUGAGCCCUCCAGCAAAUACUCGCCAUAGUUCAGUUCAGCACAUUGGGAUUUUUCUUAAGGCUUACAUGCUAGGAAUCAUUGCGCAAUUGAACGACGUUCUGCAGGAUGUGCAGGGGCGCAAAACCGACGAUAUGAAACGCAAGGUUCUAUUCGGGCUCAAUGCCUUAAUUAAAGAAGUUGGCACAUCGAUCAGUGCUGUAGCCCCUCAAAUAAUGGCGACACUGCAAACGACAGUGUCUUUGGUGCCGCUGUCGCACGCUGCCCUUCAGACCUGGCAUUCCUUUGUCGUAACACUCUCACUGAAGGACCUUGGCCCUCACGUCGGACCUACCACUGCAACACUGGUCAAUAUCUGGCCUUCACUCAGGCCUGAGGAGCAGGCCGUAGCCAAACGAACGAUUGACUACAUUUUAUACGAUGCUUACAAUAGUCUUGGAGAGUACGCAAAUGAUAUCGUCGACUUCUCGAUUAUUCCGGAGAUUCAGACACGAGCUAACAAAUUGCGAUCAAUCAAAAGAGGUGCCUCAGCGAAAGAACGACUUGAGCGAAUCCUUGAACGAUCGUACUCGGACAAUAACACCGUCGUGGUCCAAGCCCUUCAAGAACUCAAAUCGUUCUUGCAAAAUCAACACGGGAACUUCGUGCAGAAUCUCGCAUCUGGAGACGUGUUUGAUCCUCUCGUGGGACAUAUUAUGAGGGCGCUACUCGCAGUAACAUGUCGAGACGGGGAAAAUAUUGAGGCACUAAGACUUCUGGCAUUUGAAUGCCUAGGGAUUCUCGGUGCUGCUGAUCCGGACAGAUUUGAUAUUCAGUUCCCGGACGACGAAAUGAUCGUGCUCGGCAAUUACAAGGACGAGAACGAGGCAAUGAAUUUCGCUAAGCACCUUAUCCAGAACACUCUUGUUGGAGCAUUCAGGUCGACGAGUGACCUGAAAUACCAGGGCCAUCUAGCUUUUGCAAUCCAGGAGCUUCUUAGAUUCUGCAAAUUUACGCCUGAUCUCGCAAUUCCGGGAGCAGCAGUCCCCUUGAAAAUUCGUAACAGAUGGACAUCUUUACCCAAGCAUGUUCUGGAAACGGUUACGCCCCUUCUUGACGGGAAAUUCGCCGUUAGCAAUACGAACAUUGCCGUUAAUCUCCAACAUCCUAUCUACCCUGGACAGGCAACCUAUCGGGAAUGGCUACAGCUUUGGACGGCGUACCUGAUAACGCAAGCUACUGGAGAGAUGGCAAAAGCCAUUUUCAAUUCUUUUCGACUUACUGUCCGUAACAAAGACGUCGGAGUUGCGCAUCAGCUGCUGCCUCAUCUUGUUCUGAAUAUUCUCAUAUCCGGUCCCGACGACGCGACACAGAAAAUACAGGCUGAAAUUGUCGCAGUAUUAAAUGAUCAGCUCGAUGCAGCAAGCAGCUCUUCUUCUGAUAAGCGACUACUCAGUGCACAGGCAAUCUUCAUGCUCAUGGACCAUCUGAACAAAUGGAUCCGAGUAAAGCGCCAACAAAUCAACAUGAAACGAAACGAGAGGAGACGCACUCAUCACGAUCCUGGUCCAAGCGAAGCCGAGUUGGAGGUGACACGAGUGGACUCUGUUCUAACAAGCAUUGAUCAGGACUUGAUUGCGAAAGCUGCUUUUCAAUGCAAAGCAUAUGCUCGCUCCUUGAUGAAUUUUGAAAAACAAAUAAUCUCAUUAACUAAUUCAGGGACAUCUCGAGAUGAUCUUCAGGCCCACUACGAUCGAUUACAUGAGAUCUAUGCACAUCUCGACGAACCAGACGGCAUGGAAGGGAUAGCGGCGUACGUCACGCUACCAUCCAUCGAACAUCAAAUUCGACAGCAUGAAAGCACAGGGAGAUGGACAUCCGCACAGAGUUGUUGGGAGGUGCGUUUGCAACAGUCGCCAGACAACUUGGACUACCAUCUAGGUCUCCUACGUUGUCUCCGUAACCUAGGGCAUUAUGACAGUCUUCGUACUCAUAUUCAAGGUAUACUGGUGCGAAAUCCAGAAUGGGAGAAUGCCUUAUCUGGCUUUCGCGUUGAGGGUGCUUGGAUGAGUGGCGAUUGGGAUGAAGUGCAACGCAUUGUGGAGGGACAGGAGGAUACUUGGGAAACGGCAGUUGCCCGCCUCCUGCUUGCGCUGAGAUCUGCAGAUGAUGAGGAGUUUGCCGGCAUCAUCUCCGCAACACGACUGCAGCUCGGGGUUCCUGUUUCGGCAGCCGGAGAAAGAGGUUAUCGACGAGCUUACGAUGCCAUUCUUCAAUUGCACUUAGUUCGGGAUAUCGAGACGAUUCGAAACUCGAUCGUUCGACUGAACAAUGGGGGUUCCAAGGUGCAGGUUCUACCGGAGCUGUUCUCAACUCUAUCAACCCGUCUUGACGCUACCUUACCAACAUUUCGGACUCGUGAACCGAUCCUAAGUAUUCAUAGGACUGCGUUCUCUUUGAGCCAAGUAGCCACGGGUCUAUUCAAGAGAUCUAUAGGACGAGCUUGGUUGGACAGUGCAAAAAUUGCUAGGAAAGCUGGUCAUUGGCAAACCGCAUACAGCGCCAUUUUGCAGGCACAGGAGUGUCGAGCGCCGUUGACAUUCUACCAGAGCGCCAAACUGGUGAAGGCCUCCGGGGAACCGCUGCGCGCGUUGUAUGAAUUAGAGAAUGCGUUGAAGACAUCCGAAGAGCGCCGCCAGUUCCUUACUCAGGGCGUUAUUGAUCUAACAGAGGAUGCUUCCAUUGACGAUAGUGAACGGAAACGCGGUGAGGCAAAGGCAAAGCUUCUCCGCGCAAAAUGGAUGAUAGAGUCAGAGCGAUUCGACGUGACGUUCGUGGCUAAAGAGCUUUCUGAUUUAGCGAGGACCUUAUCGGAGUACGAGAGUGCUCACUUCCAUGCCGGACAUUUCCAAGACGAGUGCUUCAAGGCAUUGAGCACUGCAGAGAAACGGACUAAUCAAGGUCCGAAAAUGAACCUGUACACUGUGAAGAGUUACGCAAUUGCAAUGCGCCUGGGUUCAAAGUAUGCUUACCAAACGAUUCCCCGCCUUCUUACAAUCUGGCUCGACAUGGGUGAGGAUGACGUCUUCGCAUCCUGCGACUCAUUUUCAAAGAUCAACGAGGAAGUCCAGAAGGCAAUAAAUCGUACUCCGGUGUACAAGUGGUUAACCGCAUUCCCACAAAUCGUCUCUCGCGUCGAUCACAAGAACCCCCAAGUCUUCAGUGUUUUAUCAAACUUGAUUGUCACUGUUCUUCAAGAAUACCCGCAGCAGGGCCUGUGGUUGUUCGUGUCAGUGGUACAAUCCACCAAGAGCAGGCGAGAGAAGAGGGGCCGGGCCAUCCUUGAGCAAUUGAAGAACAAUCCGAAGAAUGCCAGCACCGCCGUUCCUAGCCUCAUAAAUCACGCAAUCACGAUGUCGACUGAACUGCUGAAGCUCUGUGAUCAUCCAAUAAGGGAUGAAGCGACGAAGUCUCUCAGCAUGUCAAAGGACUUCCCUACGCUAGCUAAACUGGUUCCUUCACCUCUCAUUAUUCCGCUGCAAGAGUCCAUGAUUGUGAGUUUACCGGCAACCUCCAGUUCACAAUCAGGCCACCAGCCAUUCCCACCUGAUGCCCCAACAAUAUCUGCUUUCUUUGACGAGAUCGACGUUUUGAAGUCUCUCGCGAAGCCAAGAAAGAUCACGUUGAAGGGUAGUAACGGCAGAGUAUACAUGUUCUUGGGGAAACCGAAAGACGAUCUUCGGAAAGAUGCUCGGCUCAUGGACUUCAACUCGAUCAUCAACAAGCUGCUCAGGACAAACUCGGAGUCUCGUAGGAGGCAGCUUCGCAUCCGAACUUACAGUGUCGUUACCUUGAAUGAAGAGUGCGGCUUUAUACAAUGGGUGCCGAAUACAACACCAAUUCGACCUAUUCUUCUGAAGUAUUACUCCGCGCGAGGAAUCGAGCACUGGACCCGUGAUAUGACGACUAACUUCCAGAAGAUUAAGGAUGCCACAGAUAAAGAAGCUGCAAAGAUUUUCAAAGAGAAGGUUCUCAACACAUACCCGCCGUUGUUCCACGAGUGGUUCCUGGACACUUUCCCAGAACCCACUGCAUGGUUGUCCAGUAGACUAGCGUACGGGCGGACACUGGCUGUGAUGUCUAUGGUUGGUUUUAUCCUUGGGUUGGGAGAUCGUCAUCUCGAAAACAUACUGCUCGAUGUGAACUCGGGUGAUGCCGUUCAUGUCGACUUCAACUGUCUCUUCGAAAAGGGCAAAACGCUCGAGAUCCCGGAACGAGUACCCUUCAGACUUACGAGCAACCUAAUUGACGCGCUUGGGGUAACCGGUGUCGAAGGCGUCUUCCGCAACGCCUCGGAAAUCACGUUACAACUCCUCCGUGACAACAAGGACAUUCUCAUGAGUGUCUUGGACGCAUUCAUCCACGACCCACUGGUAGAAUGGGAAGAUGAGAAACGCAAGAUGGAAAGGAAAGCUCGACGAACCGGUGACAUAAACGCAGUGAAAGAAUCCGUCAACUUGCGGAACCUCGCCAAGACAGCACUUACGCCGAUUGAGAGGAAGUUGAGAGGCAUGUAUAGCAAAGACACGAAUCGGAAUGACCGAAAAGAUAAAGAAAUCUCUACGAGUAAUCUUGUUCAGAUGUUGAUUGAAGAAGCCACCGACCUUCGCAAUUUGUCUAAGAUGUAUCCUGGUUGGGCACCUUGGCAUUGAU